AUGCAUGUUCCUUACCUUUUCGCUUCCUUUGUAGCUGCAGGGAUUGCCUUGGGGCUUCCUGUCCCUGGCAAUGACCAGCUAGAGUCGGCUUCUGAAGAGGUCGACAAGCGUUUCUACUACACCCAUUAUGAGGCCCCGGAGAAGCGUGACGAGAAUCUCGACAAGCGUUUCUACUACACCCAUUAUGUGGCCCCGGAGAAGCGUGACGAGGAUCUCGACAAGCGUUUCUACUACACCCAUUAUGUGGCCCCGGAGAAGCGUGACGAGAAUCUCGACAAGCGCUUCUACUACACCCAUUAUGUGGCCCCGGAGAAGCGUGACGAGAAUCUCGACAAGCGUUUCUACUACACCCAUUAUGUGGCCCCGGAGAAGCGUGACGAGAAUCUCGACAAGCGUUUCUACUACGUCCAUUAUGAGGCCCCGGAGAAGCGUGACGAGAAUCUCGACAAGCGUUUCUACUACACCCAUUAUGAGGCCCCAGAGAAGCGCGACGAAGAGGCUGUCAAGGCUGCAUGA